AAUUCACCGCUUACACUACAACUCCCAAUAAGCACAGCAGAAAAGAUACUGUACUUCAUUUUGUACAAAGGUCAGCAAAUAUAACACGCUGAUUGCGCUCGCUUGAUCAGCAGCAUGGGUCGGCUUGAUGGGAAGGUCAUACUGCUGUCAGCAGCAGCACAGGGGAUUGGACGAGCAGCUGCUAUAGCUUUUGCAAAAGAAGGAGCCAAAGUCAUUGCUACAGAUAUCAAUGAGCCUAAGCUGCAAGAGCUGGAGAAAUAUCCAGGCAUUCAAAUACGUGUUCUGGAUGUCACCAAAAAGGAGCAGAUAGAAAAUCUGGCCAAGGAGAUUGAAAAGAUUGACGUUCUCUGUAACAUUGCAGGGUUUGUUCAUCAUGGAACCAUUCUGGACUGUGAGGAUCAAGACUGGAACUUCACUAUGAACCUCAAUGUUCGCAGCAUGUAUCUAAUGAUCAAGACAUUCCUUCCAAAGAUGCUCAAACAGAAAUCUGGAAAUAUUAUAAAUAUGUCUUCUGUGGCAUCCAGCAUUAAAGGAGUUGUGAACAGAUGUGUAUAUAGUACUUCAAAGGCAGCAGUUAUUGGUCUAACAAAGUCUGUGGCUGCUGAUUUCAUUGAACAAGGCAUCAGAUGCAACUGCGUAUGUCCUGGAACUGUUGACACUCCAUCUUUACAGGAAAGAAUCCAAGCCCGGCCUAACCCAGAACAGGCAUUGAAAGACUUUCUAGCCAGACAGAGGACUGGUAGGAUGGCUACUGCUGAAGAAGUGGCCCAUCUCUUUGUGUACUUGGCCUCUGAUGAAUCUGCCUAUGUGACCGGUAAUGAACUAAUCAUUGAUGGAGGAUGGAGCUUGUGAUUGACCCUGCUUGCAAAUGGAAAUUCAUACCAUGAAAGGCAAAAAGUGAGGAUUGUGUUUCUCGGAUAAGGUAGCUGGCAGAGAUUUAGAUCACCCAUAUGAUGUCCUUCAAAACAAAUUUGGUACAUUUUUACUGUUAGAUGUUCUCCUUCUAGGUUGGUCUUACUGAUUAACUUUUCCCUAAAUAGUGAAAUACUGGAGUAAGACAUACUUCAUGUGGCUUCAAUUUCUGGUAACUCCAAGAACAUGAGAGAAUAGCAAUUUAACAUGUAAGAUUUCAGAAGGCAAAGAAUAUUAUUAAAGGUACAAAAUCUGAAUUGUGCUUUAAGCAAAUCUGAGCAAAAGUAAUUAAAUAUUACCUUUAUUAUCAUCCUCCAAAGUAUCUGGAAGCUAAACAUUCACAAUUAGAUUUCCUACUAGCAUUGACAGACUGUCCCGAGAAAAUGGAACAACUAGUAUUAAAUCAUCUAAAUGGAUCCUGAUCCUGAACUAAGUGUGGUUUAAACAGAAAAAGCAGAUAUAAUAGCAAAUUUGAAGAUAUGAUCAUUUGAAUAAUUUUGUUACUGGUAAUAAAUGUUUCUGUAUUAGAGAACAUACUAAUUGCAAAUUUCAUUUGAAAGCAGAUUCUGCCUUGCAAAUUACAAAGUAAGUUCUUUCUGCUCUGUACUAUCAUUAGCAAAAUGGUUUAGAACUGUAAUAGCUGUAGAAAAGCACUCUGAAUUGUUGAAAAGAAUAUCUAAUGCCUGAGAACACUUACAGAUCCAAAGUGGGCAGUGCAAGACAGUCAAACACUGUAGAUAUGUGGUGUAUGGGUGCAUGAAACUUCCCGUGUAGACAGCAGAGGGUCACUGUACAUGCACAGCUGUGCAACUGCUGUAUCCAUUUCCCAGAUCCUAGGCAAGUUAGAUUUUUGAAAUCUGGAAAAGCAGUAGCACAAAAAGCAGGAUUGGCCCCUUUGUGAAGUUUGGGAGGGAUUUUUUUAAGCACAUAACUACUUCAUGAAGACCAUGCUGUUUUCUUGAAGUAGAAAUGAUGGAGAGGAGCCUGCUCUAAAGCUUAAGACUAAAGCUUGCAAAAUGUAGAAAGCAUUAAAAUCAUAAUGCAGUUCUACAGUCACUUAGAAAGCACAUUAACUAGUAAAGAAGAGGUCUUAGUGGGAGAAAUGGAGAUCAGAACUGUUUCAUUAAUGGUAUAGAUCUCUCCUAAAUUGGUCUUGGAAGUAUCAUUACUAUAUUUUGUUUGGUUUUUUUAUCCUUCCAUGUACAAAAAGUACUAUGCAAGGACAUCACUCUAGUAGGCAUGGAUAGGGCUAUGUGUGUGAGAAUUGUGCUUACACAGGUGGAUCUCCAUCAAUAUGCUUAGACUUCUGGCACACAAGCAAAAGGAGUAGAUUUUACAACUCUAGAUAGAGCAGAUAUAUUCCUCUUCAAAAAGAUGUAUUGAUAUUGGACAAAUGUUUUCAAAUCCUUAUGCUAGGUGCUAGGCUUUGUAUUCUAUUGCUUGAUUGUCAAAUAUCAGUAUAGUUCAUGGUAAAACACAAGGCUGUUUCUCUGAAAAGCACUGUUUCUACAAGAAUGUGUGUGUUGUGAUAGCACAUGGUAGCUUUGAUUUAUGAAUCAGAAACCUAUUAACAGAAAGUCUCAUACUCUGGGGAAAAAGCCAUAAAUCCUGACCCAGAGAUCUAAGGCACUUGAUAACCUGAAUUCCAAAACUAUUUGUUUUGCUAACAUACUAUUAAAAUGGACAUGAAUGACAUAGGCUGGCUGUCUAUAAAUAAGGUUACCUUAACAGAAAUUGGAUGCAGCCCCAUUUAUCUAGUUUGUGAAUGAAUCUGUAUGUAAUUUCAUAUAUAUUCAUAUAUUUUAAAUACAUAUAUGUGUGGCGGAGGAAUUAAAGAAUAAACGUACUGAGUGUGAUUAAUCAGUAAUCAGAAAGCACUGGGCGAAACGUUCAGUAUUUUGUGCGUGUUUCUGUAACAACUGCCAUGUUUUUAAAAUUAUUAAGAUUUUCAGUAUUAACUGAAACAUUAAUAAAAAUUAUUUGAUUUCAAAGAUGAUGGAACAUGUCUAGCUAAAAUCAGACUUCUUAUUUUAGUAUCUUAAGUAAAUGUAACAUUUACAAAUGAGACAGUAUUGUGGAUGUUGGCUUCCUAAGGUUCAUUUUUGGCUUAACUUUCACCCUUAAUCGUGGUUGGAAGCAUUCUGAUCUUGUGUAGUUUGUUUAGGGGGGUUUUGAGUACCCGGUAUUUCAAAAAAAGACCCUGCCAGCCAAGGAAGAUUGAGCUGAGGCAGAAAUCCAAAGUUAUCCUAACUGGUUCCACUAAUGUUCACUGACAUAAAUUCAAAUGUUAAGUUCAGGCUGGCAGGAUACCAUUUUAAUGGUUUUGGGGUUUUAUAUGAAGGCCAAAGUUCCUCCUCUAUAGUAGGUGUUUUCAGACUUACCUUGAAAAGAGAAUCCUCCCACUGCAGUAACACGGGAAACUUGCAUUGUGUAUUCUGAAAAUAUAAUUAAGAAUUUCAGAGAAAAUGCAUUAUACUUGUUGCAUAUUGAACUUUAUUAACAUUUCUAAGUUCACUGGCGACUGUAACACACAGAUGCUACUCAGGAAAUGCUGCUUUUGUCAAAGAAUUCCUUCAAUAAAAGGAGAUGCCAUUUGCUUUUUAUGUUGCACUAAAAGCACAGGGAUACGGAUUUUCGGUGGUAGUGGAGAAGCUGGUGGACCAGGAAAAAGAAAGAAAAUGGGCGGAGAUUGCUGUCAUUUGCCUUACUAGGAAAGUUCUUCAUGGAUGUAUUAACAGCUACAACGCUGAAAUGCGUCCAGCAGACUUGCUGGAAUUAUUAAAGGAGAAGGCUUCUU